UCACUUUCUUCACCCCAUAUUUUUUUUCUCUCUCUCUCAAUCUCUCUAAUAUGGGAUUAUGGCAUGCCCACAAUCUUGUAACUCAGAGAACGAGUCUCAGUCUGAGUCCACCCACCAUCAAUCCGAGUUAAAAUCUCUUCUUUCCCUCCCAAGCCUCCAAUCAGUUCCUUCACUCACCUCACAAUCCCACCGCCAACAACUCUAUCUUUCCAACACCCACCACCACUGCCUCACAACUCUCAAAGGCCACACCUCCUACAUAUCCUCUCUCACCCUCGCCGGAGAGUUCCUCUACACCGGCUCUUCCGACAGAGAAAUCCGCUCCUGGAAGCGCAACCCUUUACAGUACUCCGAUUCCGAUGAUCACGAAACUCUAACAAACAACCUGGUUGCCGCCGGGAAGGGUGCAGUGAAGUCCCUCGUCGUUCAGGCCGACAAAGUCUUCAGCGCUCAUCAAGACCGCAAAAUUCGGGUAUGGAAAAUCAACUACCAAGAGCCUGACCAUCAUCAAAAGUACACGCGCUUAGCCACGCUCCCAACGCUUGGCGACCGCGCGUUCAACCUCCUGAUGCCGAAAAACCAGGUUCAGAUUCGACGGCACAAAAAAUGCACUUGGGUCCACCACGUGGACGCCGUUUCAGCACUCGCUCUGUCGGACGACGAGUCGCUCCUCUACUCCGUCUCGUGGGAUCGGACGCUCAAAAUCUGGCGAACCAAGGAUUUCAAAUGCUUGGAAUCCCUCGCAAACGCCCAUGACGACGCAAUCAACGCGCUGGCAUUAUCUAACGACGGCCACGUGUACACCGGCUCAGCCGACAAGAAAAUCAAGGUGUGGAAGCAAAACAUAGAAGAUGAUCGGAAGAAGAAGCAUUUUUUAGUUGCCACGCUGGAGAAACACAACUCCGGGAUCAAUGCAUUGGCUCUCAGCAGCGAUGGUGCUGUGCUCUACUCUGGUGCAUGUGACAGAUCCAUAUUGGUAUGGAAGAAGGGUAGCGGUGGCAGUGGCAUGGAGGUUGUGGGCGCGCUUAGAGGCCACGGGAAGGCCAUAUUGUGCUUGGCGGUUGUGUCUGAUUUGGUUUGCAGUGGCUCGGCAGAUAGGACGGUUAGGGUUUGGAGAGGUUUAGAGAGAAAUUACAGUUGUCUGGCAGUUUUGGAAGGACACAGGGGCCCGGUGAAGUGCAUAACUGCAGCAGUUGAUGGUUGCAACACUACAUCGGACGAAGCUUACCUCGUUUACAGCGGUGGUUUGGACUGUGACAUUAAGGUUUGGCAGGUUUUGGUUCCUAUUCUUUAGAGGACAAAAAAUCCUCCUUUUUAACCGCUUAUGUACAUUAUGCGAAGAUAUAUAUAUAUACUGUACGUGUGUGAUUCCUAAUCUCCCAGCUUUUAUUUUAUUUUCAGUCUCUUUUUAUUUCUUGGAUUGUAUUUUGACUAGUGUACAAAUACUGUUUGAAGGAAAUGGCCCAUGAGAAUGAGGGGUUGUUUUUCA